ACUACAACUCCCAUCAUGCCCCAGGGGCGAGCUCUUUCCCCACCCCGCUUCCGGCCGCGCUCGCAGAAGGCGCCGGCGCUGCUGGGGGAAGGUCGCGCAGGGCACAGGGUCGCUGGGCUGCCCCGUAGGUACCAUGCUGGCUGCCGGUGUCCGCAGGUUCGCCACCUCCGCCCUCCGCAGGAGCCACUAUGAGGAAGGCCCUGGGAAGAACCUCCCAUUUUCUGUGGAAAACAAGUGGCGAUUGCUUGGAGUAAUGUGUGCAUUCUUUGGAAGUGGAUUUGUCGCCCCUUUUGUUAUAGUCAGACACCAGCUGCUUAAGAAAUGAAGGGGACAGACUGUAAUUGCACUAAUUGGGGAUAAAGUCUUCUACACAGCAUCUUUGAAUGGAACAAGGAUAGCUGCAAUUGUGUACCAUGCUGGUUGUGACUAAAUAAAAUCUUAAAUCUGAAA